AUGCAGGAAAUUGAGAAAACACUGACGGUGCUGCACUGCACUGAUGAUCAGAGGGUUCUCUGUGCCACAUAUAAAUUUACGGGUGAGGCUAAGAGGUGGUGGACAGCCGUGAAGUUGUUAGAGGAACAAAGGCCCGUACUAGUAGCCAUGACUUGGAACCAAUUCAAGGAUGUGUUCUUUGACCGAUAUUUUCCUGCCACUAUUAGGGGAGUUAAGGUAGAGGAAUUUUUGAAUUUGACAAAGGGGCAUCUAACGAUCCAGCAAUACACGACGAAGUUUACUGAGCUGUCAUGUUUUGCCCCAUAUAUUAUCCCAGACGAGGCUAAGAAGGUGAGGAAAUUCGAGAGGGGUUUGAGGCAAGAGAUCUAUGAACAGGUGGCAGUUCUAAACGAGCGGGACUUUUCAGAGUUGGUUGGCAAAGCCACUGUAGCAGAGGCGAGCAGGCAGAGAGGUCCUGGUUAUUCGGCCGUCAAUUUUCUUACUUGGCUUCUUCAAUGCGAUGAAAGUGCCAUUGACAUGCUUGAAUGUAAUAAACCCUUACCCUUUACUUUUCCCAGUGACCUUCCCAAGGAUCGCGACGGCUUCUUCGAGGUCACUGUCGGUGGAGAAGAGAUUGUGGUGGUUCUUGAUGGUAGUGUCCUAUCCAAGGCCACGAAUGAAGAGUUUGCACUGGGUAGGGCCCUAAUAGGCAAUGGAUCAGACGACGUCGAGUAUGUCUAG